CAGAGAGCAAACUGAUCAGAGAGAGAGAGAGAGAGAGAACCCUAAUUAGCCGAAGAAGAUUUUCUUACAUUUUCCUUCACUUUUCCUGCGUUUUCCAUUUCGGUCAUCUCCACAAUGGAGAAUGAAUCUACCAACAAAGCGACGUCGUCGUCGGCAGAUUCGUACAUCGGAAGUUUUAUAAGUCUGACGUCGAAGUACGAGAUACGUUACGAAGGCGUUCUUUACCAUCUCAACCCCCAAGAUUCCACCAUCGGCUUGAAGAACGUGAGGUCGUAUGGAACUGAGGGGCGAAAGAAAGAUGGUCCACAGAUUGCUCCGAGUGACAAAGUUUUUGAAUACAUCCUGUUUCGAGGAAGUGACAUUAAGGAUUUGCAAGUGAAGUCCUCUCCACCUACUCAAACUGAGGAACCAAUGCACUAUGAUCCUGCUAUUAUUCAGUCUCACUGUCCUGCUGCACCUCCAAGUUCGUCAAAAUCAGUGUCAGUUGGUGGUGGAUCUUUAACAGAAUUUGGGUCAUACCAGAAACCCCCUGCUUUGAACCAUAGAUCUUAUCCGGGCGUGUUGCCUUCACAUCAGCAUGGAACCCAGGUGGGAACUUGGGAUCCUUCUCAAAUACCUCAAAGUACCAAUGUGCCAUCUUUUGCCAUGCCAAAGUAUUUGCAAGGAUAUGAUGGAAUGGCAAGCACUAUUCCCCAUGCUCCACAGAAUUCUCUUUCAUCUGUCACUACAACAUCACCUUUGACAGUGCAGAAUCCUUUACAGACUCCUACAGUGCAGGUGUCCACAACCACUGGUUUGAGAAAUGCACCCAUUGGCGUCGCACCUGUACCUUCACUUACAACUUCUAAUUGUGUGCAUCCAAAUUGUGUACCGACACUUAUUCCUGAACAAUAUUCUACCUUUCUUACUGAUAAGACCACAUUGUUUUCUGUAAAGUCACCUCUGGUCUCUCAUCCUGCUGUUCUGAGUGCUAAUAGGACAACCAAGUUUUCAAGUUCCUCAUCUUGUCAAGGUUCCUUGUUGAAGCAACCACCAACUUUGCUAACACCAGAUCAUUUGUCACAACCUUGGUCGUCUGCAAUUCCUCUCACACAGAAACCAUACCCUGAUCAGAAGCAUAUAGGUGCUCUGAAUUUAGCACCCCCUAGUUCCUCAUCCUCAGUUUCCAGUCCAGCUGUUCAAGAGCCACUUUUGCCAUUGCCUCUCUCUUCACAACAGUCUCGAUAUACUACACAGUUCAUGGAGGAAUUUGACUUUGUAGCCAUGAAUGAGAAGUUCAAAAAGGAUGAAAUAUGGGGCUAUCUGGGGAAAGCUAAGCAAAUGGAAAAAGAAGCAGCUGGAAUAGAACAUGAUGCAGUUAGUCAAAGUUUGGGGGAUGGAGAGGUUUAUGGCUUGGCACUGAAGGUUGAUUCCAAACCUGCAUAUAACAAGGAUGACUUCUUUGAUACAAUAUCUUGUAAUUCACUUGCCCGUGGAUCAAGGAGUGUACACAACAGGUUUCCUGAACGAAUGAGGCUGGACACUCGGACAUUUGGCAGUUUUCAGCAAAGAACUCACCCAGGUCAUGGUGGCUAUGGAGCUGGACGUGGUGAUGACCAAUAUAAUUGGAGAAGGGGAUACAACUACAGUGAUAGGGGACGGGGAGGGUGCAUGCACAUGCAUAUGUGACUCUUGCAAAUUGUGAUUCAAAGGAUUGGUUUGCUUUGCAGUCACAAAGAGGACAAUAUACAAUACUCAAUUUCGAGAUUUCUCCGCCCUCUACUCUCACUCCAUUAGUAAUGAAGAGGAGGUAUUUCUUGUUCAUUGGCAGGCAUUGAAGACUUUUUUUUUU